GGCACCCGGCACACCUCCCUCGCCAGCAUGCAGCGCCUCACCUCUGCCAGCUGGGCCGCCCUGCUCCUCAGCCUGGCCUGUGCCUCCGUCCACUGGGCUUGCUGGGCAGAAGCCAGCAGCAGCAACAGCUCAGCCUUGGCCUUCCACCACCCAGACGCCGGGACCCUGGAGGAGUGCCCCAACGUCGACUUCUGCCCACUGGCAGCCCGGUGCUGCCACGCCGGAGUGGACGAGCACGGCUGGAUCGCGGCGGCUGUUGGUUGGAGUCUCUGGUUUCUCACCCUCAUCCUGCUCUGUGUGGACAAACUGAUGAAGCUGACUCCAGAGGAGCCCAAGGACCUGCCAGCGUGAGCCUGGGAC